AUGAACGGUUACGUCAAAUUCGCUGUCCUCGUCGGAUUCGUCACCCUGUGCUUGGCUCAUCCUCGUAAGUUUUGGGGUUGAUUAAGGACUAUAUUUGGACUAGAAAUGAGAUUUUUCGACUACUGUGGGCAUUGCAGUUUUAUUUCUGACCUAAUUUCGGCUACACCAAUCCAGCAAAUGCCAAUUUUCGAUAAAAUUCAUAUUGUUUUAGACCAAAAUACCCAAAUAUUUACAAAAAUCAAGCUAAAACAACUUGAUAUCCCCUGCAAAAUCUUUAUACUGCAUUCCUUAUGACACUAAUAUUUUUAUUCUUCCCUACAGCACUCAUAAAACUCUCCUCAAACAUCACUAAAAUUUAUUUUUUUUAGAAUUCCGUGUCUUGAAAUGCAGGACCCAAGACGGUCAACUUAAAGCCGGCCCCGAACAAGCUCACUGCAACAUGAUCAUCAAGGACUCCGAGACUGAACUCCCAGGCCGUGAGGCUCCAGAAGGCGAUGGAUGCUUCUAUGUGAGUUUUGGGAUAUUACACAAGGCAUUAGCAGCCAAAAAAAAAGUGAAAAAAAAAGAGAAUAGACAAAAGAUAAUGGGUAGUUUGACUUUUUUUGAAAGAUUACAGUAUGAGGAAUGCUAUAGUAGAGCCUACAAUACAGAAUAAGGUUCAGAAUUAAUAGCUUUUGCCCAAAAAAUAAGAUCUCCCCCUUUCAGGAGACCGUCAACGGCGAAGAGCGCCUCUACUGCGACCUGGUCUGCCCCAAGGCCCACACCGUCUUCAACGCCCACAUUGAGCAAGGACACAAGGCCUGCUUCAACUUCUACACCUACCAACUCGAGCGCCGUGGACAGGAGUGGUACAUCUGGAGAUCGGGCAAAUGCCUCAACUCCACAGCCACCUUCACCGUCGGCUGCAAGUUCGACGAGCCCUUCAACACCCAGUUCGCCAACGACAACGAGGUCUUCGCCAGACUCGCCGCCAGACGUGUUGCCUAA